GGGGGGAGGAGCUGCGCCCCUGUGUGUGUGGCGGAAGGCGGCGGGGCUGGCCGGUCGGGGAUGUGGAGAGCGGGCAUGGCCGCCGGGGACGGGCUGGGCCCGGCGCUGCGGGCCGUCACCGAGCAGGUGCAGCAGGCGGCGGCGCGGAGGCCGCAGGGGCUCCCGGCCGUGCAGCCACGGCUGGUGGCCGUCAGCAAGACAAAGCCGGCAGAGAUGGUGAUCGACGCCUACAGCCACGGGCAGCGCAGCUUUGGGGAGAACUACGUUCAAGAGCUGCUAGACAAGGCAUCAGAUUCCAGAAUUCUGUCAUCUUGUCCGGAGAUUAAGUGGCAUUUUAUUGGCCAUCUGCAGAAGAGUAACGUCAACAAGCUGAUAGCUGUCCCUAACCUGUUCAUGUUGGAAACGGUGGAUUCUGUGAAGCUGGCAGACAGAGUCAACAGCUCAUGGCAGAAAAAAGGGUCGCCUCAGAAGCUGAAGGUCAUGGUGCAAGUUAACACGAGUGGAGAAGACAGUAAGCAUGGCCUCCCUCCCGGAGACACCACGGCUGCCGUGGAGCAUGUCAUCAACAAGUGUCCAAGCCUGGAAUUUGUGGGGCUGAUGACGAUUGGCAGCAUCGGGCAUGACCUUAGUAAGGGGCCAAAUCCUGACUUUCAGAUGCUGCUGUCUUUGCGGCAGGAAGUGUGUGAAAAGCUGAAUCUCCCCAUUGAGAAGGUGGAGCUGAGCAUGGGCAUGUCCACAGACUUCCAGCACGCAAUAGAGGUUGGCUCCACAAAUGUCAGGAUUGGAAGCACUAUUUUUGGAGAGCGAGAUUAUUCCAAGAACGCAGUCGGUGGCAGGGCCCCUGCCGAAACUGAAGGCAAAACGGAGACCGUGACAGCGCAGGGUCAUUAGAGGGAGAAAACAGUGGCCUCUGCAGAGGACAGAUGAUGGGAGACCUCACUAUGCAUUCUUACCUCCCUCCGUGUCAGCACCCGAUCGUGAUGGUGAGAGGGAAUUCCUCGUAACAGAACAGAGGCCACAAAUGCCUCAUCAUUUAUUGUGAUUAUAGAGUACCCAUAGGGACUGGAAAUUUUUAUAACCAACAAAUGAUAAGAAAAUUUAUGAUUUAAAGUGACUGUGGUGUCUUGGCUCCUUCAGGGCCAUUAAGAACAGUGACUUUUGGAUAAGUGGGUUGAACAAACUAAAUAUUUGCCAGGAUGGAGUUGCUAAUGAGCACGCUGUAUCUGCAGCGGUGUCAGUGAUUGUUUUCCCUGAAGACUAAAUUCUUCAUUAAACAAGUUAUAAUCUUGCCAGAGACCUAUAAAUGUUUCCCCAAAUAAGUUUUCUGCACGUGGUCACUGCUGAGGGAUGCUUACACAGAAACUGUGAUAGAGACGUACUGUGACACUGGAGAGACUAUAUCCAUUUAAACAGAGGAGGAAUAGCAGGCACACAAGGAUGGAUGGAGUUUAUAUUUGUCCUUUUCAGGCUGACACUGCUAACUUUUCCCACUGGUUCUGUGUCUGCUCAGAUCUCCCGGGAUGCUUUCAACCUUCCCCUUCCCCUCUUGUGAAGUGUUGUUGGGAGUUCUUUUCAUCCUGCGUGGUAGUUCUUGAUGCUGUAAGUUCUUUUUGGUCAGAAUGGGGCUCUUCUGCGAGGUCCCCGCUCUAGCAUCAGCUUGCUGCCGCUUUCCAAGGCGAGUCACCGAGCGGUUCAGUGCCUCCGCCGUCCCGCUGCAUCUGUAUGAGGACAAUAAGGCUUGCUUGUCGCACAGGGCAGCAGCGAGGUUUGCUGGAGGCGUACUUCAGAAAGUAAGCUAUUAUUAUUCCACUGUGUUCUAGGUUCCUGAAAAAAAAAAUCCAGUCACCCCUGACAGAGCUUGUGGGCAAUGUCUUAAUAUCUUAAGCGCUGGUCUAGCCUGCACUUCGCCUGGAAGAGGGAAACGACUCUUUCACUGCAGUAACCGUUUGGUUCAGCUGCGAGCAGAAGCUCCUGCAUUGUCACGUGCUAUUUGGCCAACGGUAGCUACAGCAAGUCUCCCUCGUAACCUGUGUUACACUACAUUUUUGGGCUUUUGUGUGCUGCUAAGAGGAGGAGACAUCAGUGGCCAGCAGAAACGUUCUUCCCAGGCUUUCCCCUGUGUGUAUGUGCUUAAACCUAGCUGCUGGCUUUACUCUCUGACUAUAAAUGCUGAAUGUAAAUGAAAAGAGUCGGCUCUAACACGAACCUGUCAUAGCUACGUGGGUUAGAAGCAACAUGCAGUCUGAGCCGCCCUCCUCGGCACUGCACCAUGUGUUGUUUCAUAGUCUAUUAAUAAAAAGUGGUGAAUUUUAAUACCAUCUGUGCCAACUAUAAAGCUAUUAAAGAUGUUAUUUUAUUAUCCA